AAUCAUGUGGACUUCCCAAAAUCGUUCAUUUCGGGAUCGCUUGAGGGAGUAUGGUGGUCGUUCGUUACCAUGACGACAGUUGGGUAGGUAGUCAAGCGUAUGGCCGUAACCGCCUGUUAAAGUAACUAAACUUAAAUCACUAUUUUUGUUAGUAUAAAUUUAAAAACUUUAGAAUAAACGUCGACGACUUGUUUGCGGCAAGGUUAGCUUUGUUGUAGAAAGCUGGACUAAAGAGUAGAUGGUAGCGGGUCACCCCCGCUAUCCGAGAGUCUGGACCAACAGUUAAACGAAGGUACUGACUUUGCCCUGCAAAAGGCUACAUUUUUUAGAUUGGUAUGACUUAGUCAAAAUGGUGGUUUCUCCUGCAGCUGAUUAGGUAUAGAAAAACGAUGUCUUCAGUUUAGGACUCUUUUUUUUGGCAGUUAUGGUGAUCGUAUACCUAAGUCCAUUCCCGCGCGCCUAUUUGCGUUUCUAUGGACGUGGAUCGGUAUCGCUACAAUGGCAGUGAUCACAAGCAGCAUUACAGCUUCUCUUAUGAGUAUGGUGUUUCAGCCAGAAAAGAUGCUCUAUGGCACAAAGGUACACAAAAAGCUUUUUAAGCUUUCAUAUCUGAAUUCAAAUUUCGCACCAGCCCCGGGUUAUCUUAGCCGAGCUUUGUGCAACCCGGCCCGGGACCUAAAAGUGGAAAUGGUACGAAAAACAAACAGGAAAAUAAUAAUGAUCUAAUUUAUCUCUUUUAUCAAGGCUAAAGAAGUACUAAAUACCUAUUCUAUAUCCACAAUUUUAUGAAAGCAAAUCUGGGCGAAAACCGGGCAUUCAAUGUCGCGGGAAACAGAGUAAUUUGUGAGGAGAGAAGAAAUACGAGCUCCCUUAAAAACGCCUGCGUGGGAGGCUAUAUCACUCUCGGACGUCAUAGAUUUUGCCCAUUCAGAGACUUUUUUGCCGAAAUUGUUUUUAGUUACUGAUAGAUGUGAUUUGAACUUAAGGCAAGCAAUGUGAGCGCGCGCUAUUUUAAAGGAUUUCCAGCUAUAUAAAAAAUUUACAUCAUGUCACUUCCGUUCAUGUUAGUACAAGCCGCUGGAACUGUUUUUCUCAUUUACUCUUAAUAUUUGAUUAUUUCAGGUAGCUGCUAUUGCUAACUCAACUGAAUAUAAACUAGGACUCAGAAGAAACGCCAAACUAGACACAGGUUAGGAGAAAGGUGAAAGGUGGUAAUAUUUGUUACCAAGAGAUGAAGUUGAUGAGGCUAGUUUAUCAGUAGCCUCUAGUCAUUGUUGUCAAUUUUAGUUUCUCUAGGUCUCUUGUCACUUUUAGUUGUUAUUAUUUCCUGUAAUUGACCCGCCCAGAUUAGCAUAAGUACCCGCGUGCAUGUUACAAUUGUACUUUUAACUUAAAACAAAAAUAAAUUUAUGAUGACGAUGAUGAUGAUGAUGAUGAACCCUUAAAACUGAUUAGAAUUCAUAAAAAAAAAAUGGUGGAAAAUUUAUUUCUUUACAGCAAUAUUCACGUCUCAUCAAAACAUAAGGAUAGUUUAAUCAGGUGAAAAUAGAAGAUAAAUCAGCUUGCUUGACAUACUACCAGUAUUACGUUAAGUGGAAAUUAGAUGUUUUUGCAGCAAUCAUAAACCUGUCCCAAAGGAAUCUAAUCUUAAUGAAUGGAAAAUUGAUUGAUUUUCAGGUCGCUCGUACGGGAACUUGUACCAAAUUUAUGAAGACUUCGAAAAUGAUCGUGUACACGCAGCGCUGUUGGACUCGUACUCGACGGCGAGCGAAAGCAAGUGGUCCAGUGAAGACUGGCUCCGAGUGAUUCAGAUCAUUCCUGUGAGAUACGAAUCUGCCAAUGGACUUGUACUUACUGGUGACGUCAUGAAGUUAGCACAGUGUUUUCGAAGUUAUGUGCGCUCAGAGACAAGUUAUAUACACAGAAUUAUACAGAGUCAUGUGGGGUCUAUUGAGGUUAGAAAUUCAGUUCGAAUUCUUUUCUAUUCUAGUCAUGUCAGAACACAAAUACCUUUGGCUAUGUUUAACAGGUAUGUUUGACUGGCAUAGGAGUAGCCAGGAUUUUCCAGAGGUAGGCCUCGUUGGAAACCGACAUUCGGGUGUUUUUUAAUGCUUCAAACUCGCAAGAAGAGUUAAAUGAAUAAUUAAGUCAAACUGUGCUUUAUGAAAUGAUUAUGUUAUAUUUAUUCACUUAAUUGUCAACAUCUUUUCUAUUUGUUCCAUCUUAAUCAGUUUUACCUUCGACCUUUUUAGGUACGCAUGUGCAUACCGUGCGUACAGGUAGCUAUGCCCGUGACAGGUAGUGUUGAAAACAUUACAGGUUAUUUUACCGUAGCUGUUAUCCUUGAGUUUUGCAUAGUUUACUAUCAUAAAGUACGCUUUCUCUUUAGUAAACGUGAUUUAACACAUCAGCUCGGUCGGUAAAUAAGCGACAGUCUGUUUCAUCACCCAAUUUCCCGUCAUUUUUUCCCAUUCUCUAAUAACCAGAACUUUUGUAAGUUCCCAGAAAGUUUUUUUUAUUAUUAUUUAUUUAUUUAUUUCGAACAAUUACAAUGCACUACAUUUGCAAUUCAUUACAAUAAAAUUCUAAUUAUUGGUUACUAAAUUAAUUUUACCUUACAUUGAAACAAGUAACUGUUAUCGUUUACAGAAGGGAAAGAAGUGAAAGAAAAAGAAAAAGAAAGACAAACUCCUCAAAAAUACUACAGUUUAUAUAUUAACAAUUAAGGCAAGGGAGUUCCCUGAAAGUUAACUAUAACAAAAAAAAAACGUUUCGGAUUAAUUUUAGCUGAGGAUUCAGAUUCUCUCAAGUGACUUGUAAAACGCUGUCACGCCUUGUAACACGCUGUGAUGUCUUUGUCUUUAGGCUGAAGAUGUUCCUUUUGCAGUGAAAACGUCGUCAGAUCUUCUAACGGAAGAAUCCUAUUUGUACAAACAAACAGUGACUAUUUUAGCUGGAGCUUUAGGUACCUUUACACUUCUGGGGCUUCUCUUUCAUUAUUGCUUUUAUAAAAAAGCACCAUCAAGACGUACAUCAGAAUCAGGUACUAAGAUUUUAUGCAAAUAAUAUACACUAAAAUGAGAAAUAGCCUUUAGUAAUACAUGAAUACAAAUUAAAGAUGAAAAUAAUGGCGUUGAUGAUAACGGUGGUAGUGGUGGUGGAGGUCUCGGUUAUGAUGGUGUGACGAUGAUGAUGAUGAUGAUGAUGAUGAUGAUGAUGAUGAUGAUGAUGAUGAUGAUGAUGAUGAUGAUGAUGAUGAUGAUGAUAAUGAUGAUGAUGAUGAUGAUGAUAAUGAUGAUUAUGAUGAUGAUGAUGAUGAUGAUGAUGAUGAUAAUGAUGAUGAUGAUGAUAAUGAUGAUGACGACAACGUUGAAGAUAAUGGUGUUAAUUAUUAUGGUACAGAUGAUGAUGAUGAUGAUUGUUUUAGUGUUAACGAUGGUGAUAAUAGUAUAUGUGAGGGUAAUGUAAACUAAGGCUUGAAAAACCGUUGGAUCAAACAAGAUCGUUGAGUUUAGGACGUCUAUGUUCAUUAAAACGGCCCUUGAGGUGGUGUUUGGUUUUCCCAAUAUGUAUAUUAGAGGCGGCAUUGAAUUAUGUAGAUAGCAUUAAAAGUAUUACAAGUAAUGUGAAAUUUGAUUUUGUCAUAUGUAGUAAUGAGGGGUGGUGGUGUUGACAACGUUCGAGAAAAUGAUAACAGCGUUGGCUAGUGGCGCAGGUUGUGAUUUUGGUCAUGAUAAUGGUGUGGUGAGAAAGAAUGAUAGUUACUAUAAUGAUGACGAUGAUAAUAGUGGUGAUGAUCUUGUAAUAGUGGUGAUGAUGAUGAUGAUGAUGGCCAGGUAAGCGAUAGUGGUAACCGGGUAACGGUAACAGUGAUGCUGAUGAUGCUUAUGACGAUGAUGAGGAUGAGCAGGACGAGGAUCAUGAGGAUGGUGAUGAUGAUGAUGAUGAUGAGUCUAAACCUUUUGUUCUGAAUUCUUAUCUCAGCAGAGGACAUCGUGGUUGUUACGACAAACUGCUCCCAAGUAAAACGAACUGAGACAAUAUCACAACUAAAGGAGGAUAUUUCUGAAUUUUACGAAAGUUAUAAGAAAAAGUAUUUGACUUUACGCCACAAACAUAUAAAGGAGCAUAAAGAGCUCAGAAGAUUGAAUCGUGACAAAUAUGGAACAGGCAAGUGGCAAUUUGUGUUUUUUUAUUAUUAUUAUUAUUUUGACGUCGUUUGAUUAUUCAUCGAGACAGAAGAUAGUGUAUUUAUAAGUAGAGAAUCUGCAUGCAAUAUACCCUGCGAGCAGAGGCUACAUUUUCGCGGUAUGAGCUGGCGUGCGAAAAGUAGCCUUUGCCGACAACCGUUCAAAUCCGUCCAGAAAUGUAGACGAAUGAAUUAAAAAAAAACGGGUUUUUUCCUGUUCUUGACCGGUUUAGAGCAUUGCGUGAGUCUUGCGUCAGCGAAUGAACGCUGACCAUUAUUGCGCCUUCAUGCAUCCCUUCGCGCCAAAUUCUCGCAUACGAACGCGGAUCAACACAGCUCAAACGUAGCAACAGAAAAGUUCAAAACAAUUUCAAAAAUCCCUGUUUAUGUAUUUAAAAGAGCGUCGUCAACAACUUCAAUAAGCUCUGUACUUUAAAGUUGUCGGAAUACCGAAACAAGCUGCUGCCGGCGCUUCUUACGGGACCAUGUAAAGAUGGUUAAUUUAUCAUAUGGUAGUUUUUGUUUGCCAGGAAAAGAAAAUGGAUACUGCGGUGAUUUUUGUUGUGUCACCUCUCAAUGCAACGCUAAAUGCACUGUUUUGAGACACAGAUGGCAACCGGAUGUUCAAAAGAAUCAUCGAUCAGUUUUCUUUUAGUGGAAAAAGCAGAAAAAAGCUUUUAGCUGAACACUGAUUCGCCCUCAAGGACUUCAACCUGGUUGUCUUCUUCACGGUGGAACGCUUGUCCUGUUCUGAAAAGAAACCAAAGCGGCAAAGUUUUUAAAGCAUUUUCAGGUACAACUUGCACGUUAAUGGUCAAGGAAGUUCCGUUUCUAAAUGGAAAUUUCAGUAUUUAUAGUUGUUUCAUAGAUGUUUUAUACGACUUGAGACGGAUUUUGGCGUUGACAUUUGAUGUCUUCGGCAGCUUUUACUUGCGUGAAAUGAUCCACGAUACAGUUAGUAUUACGCGAAUUGCUUUUAAGGAUAAAAUUAUGUGUUUUCGAAUAAAAUUUUUCGAUGAAUAAUUUUUCUGACUACUGUUUUGUCUAUGUUCUUUCAUAACAUUAGUUUAAAACACAAUCGCGAGACUACAGCAUCCAAUUUAUUUCAAGCAUCACUUCUGCGUAGCGUUGUCGGCGAAUUUCAUUUUUCACUUUGAGCACAACUAUUACUAUAGGUAAUAUUAAAGCCGGAAAAAUGUGCUCCCCGCAAAACAGACAGAAUUUACUACAGUUGAUAGCUUAAAAAUACUUUCCUAAAAAAGACGAUCCGGGGAAAUUUUGGGCUAAAAUACUUAAGACCAGAGGGGAAGAAGCAGAAAAACAAAACAAAAGCUCGAGGAGGAGAGUAGUUCGCAGGUAGUUUUCGCCAGUUUGAUUCCCGCGAAACUCACGCAGAUUUGACGAACCAGUUGCUUGCGAAUCGCGUGACGAAUUUUGCGCAUGCACGAUAGAAAAUUGAACGGUUGUCGGCAGAGGCUACUUUUCGCACGCCAGCUCAUACCGCGAAAAUGUAGCCUCUGCUCGCAGGGUACAUGCAAUAUGGACUGCAUUUAUAAAAUUUUCGAAAAAGCAAUUCUAUGCCAGCGUAUUUCCUAAGAAACGAGAGUUAAUUCACGACACCUCUUUAAACUGAUUACUGGGUUAAAAUGUACAAAGGAAGACUACCUAUUUAGCAAAAAGGUUUGAACCUAGUUUGAGGAUUACAAAUUUCAUAUUAAAUAUAUUAUUUAUAUUUAUUAUACACUUUCUUUUCACCAGGAACCAAUGUAAUCAAGAGCCUACUGGAAUUUACUGCAAGUAAGUUGACUGUGCAACAUUCAUGAGAUUCUUGGUAUAAGACCACGUUCAACUUUUUCGCACCUUACCGUUAGUUAAGUAACUUGUCCUUAGUAAUUAAAUAGUCACAACUCCAGUACUAUUACACAUAAAGCCCUUUCACUCACUUCUGUGUAGAACCAAAUAGAAUAUUGACCAAAAAAGUGUUAUCGCAUUUUAAUUCUGCAGCUUCUCUUUAAAACAAACCUCUGCAAGAUAAAUAACUUCUAAUUACUACCUUUUUCAUGUAGGUCGCAGGGGGCAGUACCAGGUGACUAAAGAUGCUGAUGUCAACUCAAUAUUUGAAGGAAUGGACCUCAGCAUGUUCGACAAAGAAACAGCAAAAGAUGGCGCU